AUGGCUUCGCAGCAGCUCUCUCCCGUCCCUAAACCAGUUGCUGUAUUUGACCAAUUCGUUGCUCAACAGACUGAGACCUUAGCUCUGAAGGAGAAGGUCUUAUCCAUCUCUGGGGAUAGUUUCGACGUAAAACUUGCAAAUGGCCAGCCCAUAUUCCAGAUUAAAGCCAAGCAUAUGAGCCUCUCUGGUCGCAAGUCUGUCUUUGAUAUGGCGGGUAAUCAUCUGUUUGAUAUUGUUAAGGAACAUCUGCAUAUCCAUACUACUUUCGCGGCCGAGGAUCCCCAUGGAAAGAAACUACUCGAAGUCAAAAGCAGCUUUUCAUUGGUGGGCUCUAAAACAAUUGCGACAUUUACGUCGCCCAGGACUGGCAGCGCAGAAACAUUGAAAAUGAAGGGUAACUGGUUGGAUACUAAGGUUGACAUUGUUGAUGAAGCCACGGGUGCGGUAGUGGCCCAGAUCAAUCGCAAGCUAUGGCGAGGUCGUGAGGUAUUCUUCGACCAGCAGACCUAUGCUGUUUCAGUAGCACCUGGGGUUGACCUGGCACUGAUUGCUGCCCUCUGUGUCUGCUUCGAUGAGAAGAAUAAUGAGAAAUAG